AUGUAUAUUGAAAAACUUAAAGAGUUACAUGUGAUUGACGGGUUUAAGUUCCGUUUUCAUCGCAUAAUGAAAAAUGAAAUUCAACGGUGGGCGUGUACAAAUAAAAGGUGUAAUGCAUUUUUAAAAUUGAAUACACAUAGUGUUAAAAUAAAAAAUAAUCUUGAACAUAAGAACCACGAGGCCGAUGAGAAACGAUCACUUGUGCGGCAGAAGUUAAGUAAUAGUGUCAAACGCAAAGCGGUAGAGCAGCUAUGUGAACGUCUCAGCAAAAUUAUACAUUCUGAGAUUACACAAGAUGAUUCAAAUGUAUUGGACACAAAGGUUAUAAAUUUAAUCCGAAAGAGAAUAUUCACACUGCUCGUAUAA